AAUAUGAAUCUGGAACAGCUAUUUUCCAGACGUCGUAUUUAACUGAGCUAGCAAAUUCACUUCAGACCUUAACAUGUGAACACGACAGCGAAAAACGGUUUCCGAAAUUUGGUUUUCGUCUUUCAGAUGUGUGUCUGCAUGUGACUCAUGUCCGUUGAAACCUGAUUGAACCUCUUUGGGUUUACCAAUGUAUUUCAUCUUACGCAGUUUGUAUUGUGAUCACUGAUCUUCAUCGCGGGAAUCAUGAAGAGAGCGCAGAUCAGGGGGCUGGAAAGUGAAGUGUUAGAUUGCAACGGUGAUGCUAGAGAGAAAGCUGAUGUAUUAACAGGACCUUGUUUUGAACCUAGCGUUUUCUUUAGGUGCCAUUCUUGGAGAAAAGCUGGUUUGGCAGAUGUACGGACACAGGUAUGGCAUUGUGCAUUUGAAUCAGAUGUAAGACAUCCUGAACAGACAACAGAUGUGAUUGCAACUUGUGGAGGAAAUAGCAUAUGUUUUAUAGAUGUUAAUAGCGGUUUUGUCAAAAGUAAAUACUAUGCUGAAGAUCCAAGGGAAAUUUUUUAUACACUCUCAUGGUCUUGGAUUGCACCUGAAUGCUCAGGGAGUGGGAAAAUUAGCAUUGUGGCUGCAGGAGGUACUAGAUGUAUCAUUCAUCUGCUACAUCCACAAAAUGGUGCACUUUUUUAUACUCACAGGCUCAAAUGCCCUUCCAGUGUUGCCAUAACAAGUUUGCUUUUCCACAAAGAACAUCGUGAGAUCCUAUUCGGAGCAAAGAGCGAUGGCACUAUCCUAGUGUGGGACAUUGGAUACCCAGUACCUCCAAAGUAUGCAGUGAAAUUUACUACACUCCAUCAGUUAUCAUCAAAGCAUGAAGUAUUUCAACUUGCGUACUGUUUGGAAACUAAAUCUCUCCUGGUAUCAUGUGCAGAUGGUGUUUGUGUAUGGUCCGGAGAUGUCAGAGAUACUAGUCUCCAGGAGAAGGAACUGAAAAUGCCACCAAUGCCUGGCAGUAUUAAUGCCAAUAGUCCACAGCUGGUUGACUCAAUUGAAGUUCUAGGCUGUGGAAGAAUUGCUGCAAAAUGCGCAUUGCAUGGCGCCAUUUAUAUAUGGAGCUUAGCAGAAGCCUUAAAAAGUUGUAAAAGUAGACGCAUUGUGAAAAUACUUCCAGCGUAUACAUUAAAAUGGAGCAACACAGAUAAUUACUUCAUGAACAUGGGAUUUAGCAAAGGAUCAGGUGUGCUAGCAUGUGGAGAUGACGAAGGGAGACUGUGGUUGUAUGACACAAAAAACUUAUUUGAUAAUAGUGAAAUAACGAACCACUCAGAAGUUAAUCCAGUGUGUGUUCUCCAGUGGCCUGAUGUUGUAGAUAACAAUGUGAUAAAAAGACAUAAAUGUAAUUUGGAUUCAUAUGACACUACUGUAAUAAACAAAGUUGCCAUUAAUUAUGCUGGAAACUGUAUGGUAGGUGUAACCAGCAACAAUUUGGUGUGUAUUUGGAAGAGAAAAUGACACUGUUAUUGUGGAUUUAAAAUUAUAUCAAAUAACCAACAUUUUGUAAGUUUUUAAUUAAGUCAUGGGACAGAAUGGAAUUAAUAAAGGAGAGCUGGACUUUCUCAUUGACAAAGUAGUAGUGUGGUUUCAGA